AUGAUUAAAGAAAAGAUUAAGAUUAUUAAAGAAAAGCGAAAAGAGAAGAGGGCGGAACUGAUCAACUAUCUACGGAGCGAAUUACGGAACUCGACCACUCACGGGCUGCCCUAUAUUGUCAACACGGAGAUACAUUGGUUUGAGAGAGUAUACUGGUGUGUGAACUUUGCAGCAUCUUUAUGGAUAGCAAUUAUGUUGUUGACCGCGCAGUACGUAAGAUAUAUCAACUCGCCUGUCGUAAUGAGUGUGGAGAUGGAUUACUUCAACUGGAACGUCUCCUACCCGGCCAUCACACUGUGUCCUACUGGCAAGAUUAAUGAAGAGUUGUUCAGUGCACUGAUCAAUGAGACUCGGCUGAAGACCGGUAAGACCCUGUAUUCGUAUUUUUGGUCGGUCGCCACGGCCUCUUUGGACACGAUCGAUAAGCUGGCUUUACAGAACCCGGAAACUAUAAAUUUGAUAAGCCCAAACGAAUACGCAGCAAUAGCCGGGCUCCUAUUCGAAAACUUCGAGAACCGAACGGUGAUGACGAAGACCAACUGGCCGGUGACUGUCCAUGCGGUGCUAACUGAAAUGGGGAUGUGUCAUGUCAUCAAUUCUAAUGUUGCUGCCUUCCAUGACCCCUUCAAAUGGAAAGACGAGACGAUGGAGUACGUUAAAAAUAACAUUGAACUCUCGGCGCAUGACAUAGAUUUCUUUACUCAGAUAAUGAAUUAUGCUGACGAGUACAAGGUCUACGUACACAGUCCCGACGAGAUUGCUCUGAGCACCACACCGUCAUACACUUUCGAUACUGAGGGCUACGUUUAUUUCGGGUACCGAGUGUGGACCGCCAAGAUAUCAGAAAAGCUACGCAAUACGCCUGUUUAUAUACGUAAAUGCAGAUACUUGGACGAGCCCCUGACCAAGAGGUACCCUGUUUAUUCGUACAAUCAUUGCCUGGUGGAGUGUCGAAUCAGAAUGAUCCAAACGCUUUGCGGAUGCGUGCCACAUUUCUACAAACCGUUGGAUGACGAAAGAAUUUGCAACCUGUCCGAACUCCGCUGCGUCAUCGAGCACAAGAACGAAAUACUCCGACUGGCCGCCACCAACGACACUAUUCAGAAACUCGGCAACGACUCCUUACCCAGGACCUCAAGGGACUGCGGAUGCCCUAGCGACUGCGAAUCGCACGUGUAUUUGAAGGAUGCGGAGAGCAUUCUGUCCCAAUCCGAUAUGAAUAGGUUGAGGAUCGGCAUUUCUACGUUUCCGAAAGUGAGAGUGAUGAGGGAGUUCAUUUUCAGCACGCAGGAUAUGAUUUUGAAAACAGGAGGCGUCAUAAACCUUUGCGUCGGAAGCUCAGUGAUAUCUAUAUUCGAACUGAUCCUGACAGCCUUGAGGUUCCCCAUACAUAACCUGACUAAUUGGGCCGUCGGUAAGAUAAAAAAGCUCAGUGAAAGGAAGAAGAAAUAAAAUAUGACAACUUGGUUUGUAAAUUGUAUUCAGUCUUUUAAUAAUGAGUGGGUACAUUCAUAACAGAAAUAGUUGUAUAAUAAAUUAAACUUCUAUUCAAAAUAACACUUGCUAACACUGU